AUGGCCGCGCCGGGGCCAGCGAUCAAGCACACCUUUUCUUCUCUCCUGAAGCAAAAACCACCAAAGACUAGUCCGACAAAAUCUAGGGGUCCUAUGGCUGUUUCAAUGAGGGAGGUGGAUCCUGUUUUUCAAGGUGCAGGUCAAAAAGAUGGAUUGGAAAUAUGGCGGAUUGAAAAGUUACAGGCUGUUCCUGUUCCCAAGGAGUUGUAUGGGAAAUUUUUCACAGGAGAUUCCUAUAUAGUACUGAAGACAACUGCCCUUAAGAAUGGUUCUUUUCGGCAUGAUAUCCAUUAUUGGCUCGGCAAAGAUACCAGUCAGGAUGAAGCUGGUACAGCUGCAAUCAAGACUGUGGAACUCGAUGCUGCUCUUGGUGGAAGAGCUGUCCAAUACCGUGAAAUACAGGGAAAUGAGACUGAGAAAUUUCUUUCAUACUUUAAGCCGUGUAUUAUACCAGAGGAAGGUGGUGUUGCAUCUGGCUUCAGGCAUGCUGAAGUAAAUGAGCGGGAGCAUAAAACACGAUUAUUUGUCUGCAGAGGAAAGCAUACUGUUCAUGUUAAAGAGGUUCCUUUUGCACGAGCAUCACUCAACCAUGAUGACAUAUUUAUUUUAGAUACAAAAUCUAAGAUAUUCCAAUUCAAUGGAUCAAAUUCAAGUAUUCAGGAGAGGGCUAAAGCACUUGAGGUUGUGCAACAUCUUAAAGAUACCAACCAUGAUGGGAAAUGUGAAGUAGCGGCAGUUGAAAUUUAUGUCUGGAUGGGUAGAGAAACAACUCUUGAAGAAAGGAAACGAGGAGGCUCGGCUGCUGAGGAAUUACUACGUGAAGGAAACCGGCCAAAAUCUCAUAUUAUUCGGCUCAUGGAAGGAUUUGAGACUAUUACAUUCAAAUCAAAGUUUGAUAAAUGGCCCAAGAAAGCUGAUGCAGUUGUGUCGGAUGAAAGCAGAGGAAAAGUGGCAGCUCUUCUUAAGCGACAAGGAUUUAAUUUUAAGGGUCCAGCAAAAGCUGCUCCUGUAAAGCAAGAGCCUCAACCUCAGAUUGAUUGCACUGGCAAUUUACAGGUUUGGCGCGUGAAUGGCAGUGAUAAGACUUUCCUUUCGUUCUCUGAGCAAUGCAAGUUUUACAGUGGAGACUGCUAUAUCUUUCAAUACACCUACCCUGGAGACAAUGGAGAUGAAUGCCUUAUUGGUACCUGGUUUGGGAAGAAGAGUGUCCAGGAGGAAAGAAGUGCAGCCAUUUCACUAGCUGACAAGAUGAUUGAGUCUUUAAAAUUCCAGGCUGUUCUGGUUCGCGUCUAUGAAGGAAAGGAACCCAUUGAAUUUUUCCCAAUAUUUCAAAACUUGGUUAUAUACAAGGGAGGUACAAGUACUGGGUAUAAGAAAUUUGUCUCGGAAAAUGGCAUUGAAGAUGAUACCUAUUCAGAAAACGGGGUUGCACUUUUUCGAGUUCAGGGCUCAGGGCCAGAGAAUAUGCAAGCUAUUCAAGUUGACACGGCAGCAUCAUCGCUGAACUCUUCUUAUUGUUACAUACUGCAUGAUGGAGAUACAGUAUUUACAUGGAUCGGUAAUCUAAGCUCAUCAAUGGACCAAGAGCUUGCUGAGAGGCAGCUAGAUGUGAUCAAGCCAAAUUUGCAAUCCAGAAUGCUCAAAGAAGGAUCUGAAUAUGAUCAGUUUUGGAAGUUACUUGGAGUCAAGUCUGAGUAUGGCAGCCAGAAGAUUGUCAGAGAAAUAUUCAACUUCACUCAAGAUGAUUUGAUGACGGAGGAUAUAUUUAUUUUGGAUUGUCACUCAUGUGUCUUUGUAUGGGUUGGACAACGUGUGGACACAAAAAUACGAGCACAAGCUUUGAACAUUGGAGAGAAAUUUCUAGAACUUGACAUUCUAAUGGAGAAUGUAUCACGAGAAACACCACUUUAUGUCAUCACUGAAGGAAGUGAACCCCAAUAUUUCACCAGGUUCUUCAGUUGGGAUUCAGCAAAAUCAGCAAUGCAUGGUAACUCAUUUGAAAGGAGGCUAUCUAUAGUGAAGGAUGGAGUAAAACCAAGAGCAGAUAAACCAAAAAGAAGGCCAACAACAUCAACACACACUGGAAGGUCUAGUGUACCUGAUAAAUCUCAACGUUCCAGAAGUAUGUCAUUCAGUCCUGAUCGUGUAAGAGUCAGAGGAAGGUCGCCUGCUUUCAAUGCAUUGGCUGCUAACUUCGAGAACCCAAAUGCCCGAAACCUAUCAACUCCUCCACCAGUUGUUAGGAAACAACUUCCGAAGCCUGUAUCUCCUGAUUCUUCGAAGCCACCUCCAAGGACAGCUUCAAUCGCUGCAAUUUCUUCUACUUUUGAGCGACCUAAAGCAACUCUAAUACCAAAGUCAAUAAAAGCGAGCCCUGAUGCAAGCAAGCCCCAAAUUGAAGCGAGCAAACCUAAACUAGAGACGAACGCCAAGGAAAUUAACCCUACAAAGGACAGUCAAAUUGCAACUCCUACAGUAGAGGAAGAUGUAAAAGAGAGUCAGGCAGAGGGUCAAGCAGGGCUUCCUAUAUACCCAUAUGACUGCUUGAGGACAUCUUCCACCAAUCCCCCCACAGACAUUGAUGUUACCAAGCGAGAGAGAAAAGUUUGGGAUGACAAAGGAGGCAUUUGGGAAGCUACCAAAGUGGAAGCAGAACAGGCUCAAGAUUGCCCUUCAGCUGUUCUGAAACCUGCUACUGUCAAACAGACUGCGCUUUUCUUUGCUAAGUCAAAACACAAUGACACUGUUUUGAAAGAUCACUGCAUUGGUGAUCCGGUCACUCCGAUUCUUUCCUACCCAAGGUCACAGGGCCAGCCGCUCCCCGUCCCCACGCUCCCGCUCCGCCUCGCUUUCCGCUGCGCCGCCUCCGUCCUCGACGCCGUGUUCGCCCCGCGUGCGGCCACCUUCGCUUACCGCGGCCGCCACGCAGCCGUCCGAUACCUCAAGUCCAUUCCCAGCGCGUCCUGGUUCUUCCGCGUCGCCAUCCCGCGCCAGCCCUUCGCCCCUCGCCACGUUCGCCGUCUGCUCGGUGCCAUCUCCAGUAAGGUCGAUGAUCCCGGGUUCCUGGAGUUCCUGAACGAGCUGUUCGUCUCUGAUGCUGUCGCGUUUGAGCUUGGUGGCUGCGAGCUCGGACGCGGGCUGCCACAGGAAUCAGAGCUCACUGGCACGCUAGUGAACAUAUUCUUCAAUAUUGUGGAUGGAGAGAUAAUGGCCAUCCGUGAGGAAGUGCACAAAAAGCAUCCUAGAAUGAAGGAUGACAGGGUUCGGCAUACACCUGUGAGAGUGUAUGCGGUUCGGUAUCUAGAUGAUAUUCUGGUUGUGACGUCUGGGUCGAAGAUGCUCACAAUUGAGAUCAGGGACAGGAUAAUUGCAGCCUUGGAGAGGGAUUUGGAGGUGAAGGUGGACAGGUUGGGGAGCUCAAUCCACAGUGCUGUAUCAGAGAAGAUUGAGUUCCUGGGGAUAGAAUUCCAAGCUGUGCCACCGUCAGUCUUGCACCCACCCAUGUCAGAGAAAGCGAAGAGGGCAAGGAAGAAGUAUCUGAAGAUGAAGGCUGAAAAGGCACAGGAGCUGAAAAAUGCACGGGAGACGAGGCGGAAAAAGCUCGGCUUGAAGAUACUGAACCACUUGUUCAAGAGGAUGAGGAGGGGUGAGGAGUUUGAAUUUGAUUUCCGGAUUGAGAAAGAGGUGCAGCAAGUUUUCAGGGACUGGGCAGAGGAGACAGUAGCACAAUACUUUGAAUCACGUGAGCAUUGCCAAUAUUGGCACCGAUUGCUUACGUCAGGUGACUUCUUGUCAUUGAAUAGGGUGAGAGAUCAAUUGCCACCUGCCUUGGUGGACUCAUAUGAUAAAUUUCAAGAGACAGUUGACAGUUUUUUGAUGCCAAUGAGAAGUCAUGACAUGACAGAAGAAGAGGAGAGGCUAGCUGAGGAGGAAGAAGAUAAACAAUAUGAGAAGAGGACUGUUGAGGACUUGACAGAGCUUAAGAUGAGGGCCAAUGUGCCGAUAGAUCUUGUAAGGAAGGCGGUAAAGCUUACUGGAUUCACAAAUUCCAUGGGCCGGCCACGGCCAAUUAAGCUACUUCUCUGUUUGGAUGAUGUGGAUAUCAUCAAAUGGUAUGCUGGCGUCGGGAGGAGGUGGUUAGAUUUCUUCUGCUGUUGCCGUAACUUCAAGAUGGUCAAGACUGUUGUCACUUACCACCUGAGGUUCUCCUGCUUCUUGACACUAGCAGAGAAGCAUGAGUGCACAAAGAGGCAAGCAAUUAGCCAUUUCACAAAGGAUUUAAAGGUAGCAAAUCAUGAUGGAAUGGCAGAAGUGUACUUCCCAACAGAACGUGAGAUCAAAAUGAUGGGUGAUAAAAACUUGUCUGACCCAAAGCCUGUGGAUGGUGCCUUGACGAUGAUAUUGGUGAGAUUAGCAGUUGAUGGCACCUCCUAUCCAUGCCUAGCUCAUUUUUGUGCAAAAACAGAAACUGUGCUGUACAGAAUACGUUUGCUGCAAAAUCGCCUAAAUAUUGAUCCGUUGAAUGAAAAGAAAUGGGUCCACGGAUUAGGUGCUAUUCAUGAGAGUCUGAACAAGAAAUGUCUCCCCUUGUGCUCUAUGCAUGCAAAUGAUCUCUUUCUUGGCAAGAUCACUCUUCAAGAUAUUGACUGUACUCAAUUUGUUGAUGUGGAAUGA